AAAUUUUCCGGAAGAUACCAAGCAAAUACACUCCGUCACGAUAUAAUUAUAAACCUCUCCUCUCUUCCUUUCUUCCUUCUAAUUUUAAACUUCACCCAUUCACCUUUCGGUGUUUUCAGAUCGAUUUGCCUUUUCAAUUUCAUCUUGUUUUUAGAUAAUGGAAUCCAAGGAGGAAGUUCAUAGCGAUGACGGAUCUUUUGAAUUGAUCGACUUUGAUGAUUACGCUGUGAACAUCGAAGAUAUGAAUACAAAAGCUGAUUUCUUUAGCAACAGGGAUAUCUCAAGUGAUGGUUCUUAUGACUUCCUUUCUUCUGAACUGUCUGAUAUACUUGUUCUAACAGAAGGAGAAGCCUCUGCUUACGAAGACCUUUCUGCUCAAAUCAAAUUCUUUUCACUCGAAUCAGAAAAUGAAGCCAAAUCUGAUCCUUCAGAGGAAGAAGAAGAGUUUUCAGGCAUGGAGUUUCCUGAUAGUGUCGAUAUGAGUAGGAAGCGAACUUUUAUGACCAUGGCUUAUGAGAACUCGACUUUUGAUGUUCAUGAUUACCCUUUUCACAUAAAGUUAAAGGAUGACAUAACGAUAAAAGAAAUGGCAAAAAACCACAUCCUUCGUUACCUUCCAGCUAAAUCAUUAGCAAAGUGUCAACUUGUUUCUAAAGAAUGGGAUUUAUGGAUUUCAAGCCCAUUUUUCGCACACACCCAAAGUCAAUACUUCAGUCAAACCUCUGGUUUCUUUCAAGAUAAUGAUGAAACUAUUCGUUUCAUCUCUCUUGACAACUCUUCUUAUGGGGUUCCUUACCCUUCCCUUUAUUUCCUUCCACAAAAGGUUUCCAUAAGAAGCUCUUGCAAUGGGUUGCUUCUUUGUCAAGCUUCUGAUGAUGAAAAUGAAAUUUACGUUUGUAACCCUGCAAACAAAGAGUGGAUUCGGCUUCCUAAUUCUGGUUACUACCAUGGAAAAGAACCAAAAAAUGUGCUUGCUUUUGAACCUUCUUCUCUAAACUUUGAGCCACGUUAUCAAGUUAUAUGCCCUUUCUCUGUUCCUGGUGAGGGACCCAUUUUGUAUUUUGACAUUUAUGAUUCAAAUACAAAAUCUUGGAGGACUUGCGAUGAGAUAUGUCUCGAUUUCGAUGAAUCCGAUGUUAAAAGUGAAGGUCUUUAUGUAAAUGGAAUUGUUUAUUGGGAAACUACACGUGGCGAGUUGUUGGCGUUUGAUUUGAAAAAUGAGUUUUACAGUGUUCAGAAGCUUCCGUUGGGUGGUGCGUUGUCGAAGGUAGAUGGAGAGUUAUGCUAUGUCAAAGGGUAUUAUUGUCAUUCCGUUAAAAUGUGUGUAUUGGAUGUUUAUGGUGGUGGUGUUAUGUCUUUGAAAAGUACAAUGAGUGUUGAUGUUCGUCUUGAUGGCGUCGAAGAUGGUGAGAUGGUUGAUUGCAGAGUUUUGGGUAAUUCAUGUGAUGAUGUUGUCGCUUUUAUCUUGGAGAAGUCUCAAGGGCAGAAUUGUCUUUUUGCUUAUCAUAUGAAGGAUCAAAAGGUUGAAGGCCCAUGGUAUGUUUGGAGCUCUAUUAAGUUGUUUCCUUAUGUUAACAGUCUUGUUUCUAUAGUUCCCUACCGGAUCGCCGAACUCAGUCACCGCCGACCUCCGCCGCUGCUCCGCUGCCAACCUCUGUCGCCGCUCACCGUUGGGAUACCUCUGUUCUUUGCUCUCCUGCCCUCUCGUUCACAAAGGGUUUUGAUUAUGGAGGUCAAAGAGGAAGUUCAUAGUGAUGGAUCUUACGAAUUGGUCGAUUUGGAUGAUAUAUCUAGUAACACGGAUCGAUCCAGUGAUGGUUCUUAUGACUUCCUUUCCGAAGAAGAAGAAGAAGCUUCAAACACUACACCUGUUAAUGAGGACAAUACACAAAUCAAAUCUUGUUCACUAGGUUUACCAAAUGAGGUUUCAAAAUUCGAAGAUUCAACCAACUCUCAUGAUGAAGAUGAUGUUGAUGAAGAUGAUGAAGAUGAUGACGAUGAUGAUGAUGAAGAAGAUGAUGUUGACGAAGAAGAUGAAGAUGAUGAAGAAGAUGACGUUAAUGAUGAUGAUGAUGAUGAGGAGGAGGAGGAGGAGGAGGUGGAUGAGAAUGAAGUAGAUGAAGAUGAUGAAGAAGAUGAUGAUGAUGAUGAGGAGGAGGAGGAGGAGGAUGAGAGUGAAGUAGAUGAAGAAGAUGACGAUGAUGAUGAUGAAGAUGAUGAGGAGGAUAAUGAGAAUGAAGUAGAUGAAGAAGAUGACGAUGAUGAUGAUGAAGAAGAUGAUGAUGAUGAAGAUGAUGAGGAGGAUAAUGAGAAUGAAGUAGAUGAAGAAGAUGACGAUGAUGAUGAAGAACAUGAUGAUAUUGAUGAUGAAGAUGAUGAUGAUGAUGAUGAUGAGAAUGAAGAAGAUGAAGAUGAUGAUGAGGAUGAAGAAAAAAAUGAUGAUGAUGAUGAAGGUGGAGAAGAUGAAGAUGAAGAUGAAGAAGAAAAAGAUGAAAAUGAUGAUAAAGAAGGAAUGAAGUUUCUUGCUAGUAACGAUAUGAAUAUAAAGCAGAAGUUAGAGUCGAUGCCCAAUUAUCAUAAGUUAAAAGAAGAAAUAACGAUACAAUACUUGGCAAAAACCCACAUCCUUCCUUACCUUCCAGCCAAAUCAUUAGCCAGGUGUAAACUUGUCUCUAAAGAAUGGGAUUCAUGGAUAUCAUGUCCAUUCUUCACCCACACCCAAAGUCAAUUUAGUCAAACUUCAGGUAUCUUUGAAGACGAAUUUGGAUCAAUUCGUUUCAUUUCCCUUGACCACUUCACUUAUGGAGUUCCUUUACCUUCUUUAAAUUUCCUCCCAAAAGAAGUUUCCAUAAAAAGCUCAUGCAACGGGUUACUUCUUUGCCAAGAUGAAAACCAAAAUUACGUUUGUAACCCUGCAAACCAAGAGUUCGUCAACCUUCCAAAUUCCACUUACUACCAUAGCCAAGAAGCAAAAAUCGUGCUUGCUUUUGAACCUUAUCUUUUAAAUUUCCAGCCAUCUUAUCAAGUUAUAUGCCCUUUCUCUAUUCCUGGUGAAGAACCCAUUUUGUAUUUUGACAUUUAUGAUUCAAAGACAAAAUCUUGGAGGGUUUCUGAAGAAAUAUGCGUCGAUUUGAAUGAAUCUGAUGUGAAAAGCGAGGGUGUUUUUGUAAAUGGAGUUGUUCACUGGGAAACGACAGGUGGCAAGUUGUUAGCCUUUGAUUUGAAGCAUGAAAUCUAUAGUGUUCAAAUACUCCCCGGAGGUGGUGCAUUGUCGAAGGUCCAUGGAGUGUUAUGCUAUGUCAAAGGGCAUUAUCGUAAUUCUACUAAAAAGUGUGUGUUGGAUGUUUAUCAUGGUGGUCUUCAGUCAUUGAAAAAUACCAUGAGUUUUUUUGCUCCUAUUGAUGAUGUUAAAAAAGGUGACGUGGUUGAUUGCAAUGUUUUGGGUAAUUCAUGUGAUGAUGUUGUUGUUGUGAUUUUGAUGAAGUCGUGUGAAGAGUUGAAUCGUCUUUUUGUUUAUCAUGUGAAAGAUGGAAAGGUAGAAGGCCCGUGGUUUAUCUCUAGUUCCGGUUUUGAUAAGCUGUUGCCUUAUGCUAAUAGCCUUGUCUCCAUUGCUUAA